AUGGCCAGCGACGCCAGACCGGGGGUGGACCUGAACGAGUCGCUGGGCCCCGAGUAUGCCGCCGUGAUCAUAACCACAUGUUCGAUCGCGGUUAUCACGCUGUUGCUACGCUUCUACACCCGUCUCUUCAUCCUGCGGACACUCUUCCCAGACGAUUACUGUAUCAUCGGGGGCAUGAUUGGCACCAUCGGCAUGGGCAUCUGCUAUGGCAUUACUAUUAUCCACGGAUUUGGCCACCACAUCGAAGCCAUCACGCCGGAGGACUUGCAGAUGCAGGCUAAGGCCAGCAUCGGCGGCCUCGUCUUCUUCCACUGGUCCCACGCGUUCGUCAAGUCGUCCAUCCUCCUCCAAAACCUCCGACUAUGUGUCACGACACUAGAGAAACGGAUCUGCUACGGCGCCCUGGCGGUCAUCAUAGCCGAAGGGUUCGUUUGGAUCUUGCUCACAUUUGUGAGCUGCACGCCUUUCCAGGCCAUGUGGAGUCCUCAUUUGGCCAAAGUCUCUUGUAUCAACCAGACGGCCAGCUACUAUUCCUGCGCGGCCCUCAUCAUUCUUGCCGAUUGCUUCAUUAUUGCGUUUCCCGCCUUCCUACUCCGGGACUCGAUGCUACCGAGGUCUCAGAAGUGGGCCGUCGGGGCCAUCCUUGCAUUAGGAGGAGGCGCGUGCCUUGUUUCGAUCCUCCGCAUGGUCUACAUCUACCGGUCGACCAACUCGACCGACAGCACAUGGGACAAGAUUCCCAACUCCAUCCUCGGCAUCACCGAGGUCAACAUGGGCAUCAUCCUCUCCUCGCUCGCGACCUUACGCCCGCUAAUAAAACGGAUCCGCCCCUCACUCUGGGCGAUCAGCAACGUCCCUAGCACAGCCUCGUGCACACACCACAAUCCAACCUUACAAAGGAGGCCGCGCCCCGCGAAUGGCGACGAUAGUGUCCUGGGCCGAUACAGCAACAACGAUGGAGAGGACGGAAGCACGACCGAGAAAGGGUGUACCUGUGCCGAUGGGGGACGUACCGAUGGAGCGGCACCUGCGGAGCUGGAGAAAACGGAACCUGAGAUAAUACCGCCAAGGUCGAAUAAUAUAGUGGGAUAA